GCAGCUCAGCCCGGCUCUCAUGGAUUACGGGGGAGAGGACAUUAAUCGUCAAGCGUGGCGUAUUGAUUAUCAUGAACAUGAAGUACCCAUCUUCGCUCAUUCCAUAUUUCUACUUUUAACGAAAUUUAACACCAACAUCCAAUACUUAAAGAAUCAACAGCCUUCACAGCCGAUUAAACAUGGAAUUGGUUACUUCAUCCAUCAAUUGUACCACUAUCUUCUCUCCACCAACGCUUGCUCGUCAAACGAUACAUUCUUUACAGUCCCAGCUGGUGUUUUCUGGGAUAGCAAACAGAAGACCCACUUCUUUAUCAUUCUCAAAUAUAGUUUCCGACAAUGGCUACGUGGGGCCCAAAUUUGAUACAAAUCCUAAUAACGGUAGAUUAUAUAGAAGACUUGGUUCUUGCUUGGUCAUCCCACAACUCAAUGGCAAGAAGCCCCGUGCUAUCAUCCAAUUCUUGGGAGGGGCUUUCAUUGGAGCUGUUCCUGAAGUUACCUACAGUUAUUUGAAAGAGCUAUUGGCAAAAGAAGGGUUUCUAUUAAUAUCAGUGCCGCACAAUGUGACAUUUGAUCAUGCUAAGGCUGCUAAUCAAGUUUACGAGAGGUUUAAUUCCUGCUUGGAUACUAUUCUCACUACUGGACUGCCCCAUGCCAAUUUAGCACCGGCUGAUCUUGUUGACCUGCCUAUUUUUUCUGUUGGUCACAGUAAUGGUGCACUUCUUCAAGUACUCACAGGCAGUUGUUUCUCUGAAAAGAUACCAAAGGCUAAUGCCAUAAUCUCAUUCAACAACAGGCCGGCCACAGAGGCAGUACCAUACUUUGAGCUGUUGGGUCCUCUAGUUAAUCAGAUGAUGCCAAUUGUGGAAGCAUCUCCUGUGUAUUCAAUGGCUAGGAGUGCCUCAGGUGAUGCAUGGAAGGUGCUACUUGACACAGCUGGAGCAAUGAUACCAGACACUGAUAAGGAAUCUCUUGUUUCAUUGAACAAUUUUGUGGAUCAAUUGCCCUCAGUUUUUAAUCAGGUUACAGAAGGGGUAUCAGAAUUCAAGCCAACACCUUCUGAGAAUCGGGAUUGUUUUAAAAAGUCCUACAAUGUACAACAUACACUACUGGUAAAGUUCAACUUCGAUACAAUUGAUGAUACAGAUCUCCUUGAGGAGACUUUGAGACCUCGUGUAGAGUCUAUAGGUGGGACCCUAGAAAAGGUUCAAUUGAAUGGUAACCAUAUCACACCAUGCGUACAGGAACCAAAAUGGCAAGCAGGUUCGGUGUACACUCCUGCUGAUGCAAUUGCUCAGGGCCUUAAAACUUUGUCACUAAAUGAGAUUAGAUACCUUUCUAAAACUAUAAGUGACUGGUUCAGACGUUUUGAAGAUUGAAGUGCUAUAGAUUCAGUUCAGAAUGAUUCUACCAAAUCUGUUCACGGGAAAAAGAAUAAUGUUACAGGGUUACUUUAUACAUAAAAAACUGCCAUGUAAAUACAUUUCGAUCUACACAGACUGUCCACAUCAAAGGAUAGUAAGGUGUGCAUUUCUGCUGCCAGACCUGCCUCAGGUAGACCUAAGAAUUCGUAUAAUUCUAACUGCAGUAUGCUUAAUCUGAAUCCAAGAAACAACAUUGUUCUGCUAUGGAAUUGGGGCAAAACUUAGCUUUAAAUGUCACUUUGAAUAAGUAUACUGUCAAUACGUUUUUAUACACGUACUCUAGAUUUUAGUUGGACAUUACUCUCUAUAAAGCUCCUUUUUGUCUUUUGGAUUGUA